CCAGGGUCAGGCCUGCUAAAAUCUCCAGCUGCGUGGAGAUCUUUGAGCUAUUUCUGUUCUUUGUCUUUCAGGCCAACUCUGGAGGAGGCCCAGGAAUGGGCUGAAUCGCUGGAAAAAAUGUUGCUUCAUCCGUAUGGCCAGCGUGCUUUCCGUGCUUUCUUGGAAUCCGAAUUCAGCGAAGAGAACCUGGAUUUCUGGAUGGCCUGUGAAGACUACCGGAAGCUCCGAGGCUGCGACAAGCUUCAGGACAAUGCCAGAAAAAUCUAUGACCAGUAUGUCACCAUCCAGGCCCCCAAAGAGGUGAACCUCGAUUCCCAGACCAGAGAUGUCACCAACCGGAACAUUUUGCUCCCCACCCGCAGUUGCUUUGAGCAGGCACAAAGGCGUAUCUUUGGCCUGAUGGAGAAGGACUCGUACCCCAGAUUCCUGCGCUCCCCAGUUUACCAAGCUCUGGUUCAGCCAAAUGGACAGGACCCCAAUGGAGCCAUGUAAACCCCAGGAAUGACGAGGACUGGAAAGGGGCCCUUUCUUAGGCUACUGCCAGGACCUUGAGACUGUGCGCUCCCAAAAAAGGAAGCAAGAGAGGCAGACUGAGCUGGUUCUCAGAGGCUCAUGCUGGACGGACACACACAAAAAGCAAUUUAAAUAUUUCUGAAGCAAGAUUAGCGUGUGGAAAGUUUGGAGUGGGGAGAUUUUGGUGGAUCAAUCAUAAAAAAAAUACAGAAUCAGAGGCAACACAGUGGACAAUUGAGGCUUCCGUGAUCAGAUGUUACAAAUAUGAAAUACGGUGUCAUGCACACGUUUAGGAUUCUGGGAUGCUUCCCUACAGCGAUAAGGAAGAUGCUGCAGAAGAAGAGAAGCUACAUCUCGCCGAGUCUCCAAGAGGGAGAAAGUUCGGUCUUUUGUCUCACCUCACGUCUUUGGUGCAGUGGUAUCAGGGACUGAGCAACUGGGUCUAUGAAUGGCGUGGAGCUCGCUUUAGAGCAGCGGUUCUCAACCUGUGGGUCGCGACCCCUUUGGGAGUCGAACGACCCUUUCACAGGGGUCACCGAAGACUCUCUGCAUCAGCGUUCUCCAUCUGCAAAAUGGAUAAAUGUGAGGGUUGGGGGUCACCACAACAUGAGGAACCGUCUUAAAGGGUCGCGGCAUUUGGAAGGUGGAGAACCACUGCUUUGGAGAGCUACCUAGGAGUGUUUGUGCUCAGGCUGCAGCGCCCUCUUGAGGCGUGAAAGGAAAUGUAUAACAUUGGCCCUCAUGAGAUUGGCGGACAGCACAAAGGUCCUGGAUUGACCCGGCCUGGUGUAAAUGCCAGGAGCCAAGUCUCCUGCCUUCUGGUGGUCGACAAAGCAGUGCCUUCAGCUCGUUGCAAGCGGGGCUCCAAGACUCCAGCCCCAAUUGCAGCAACUGACCCUGAACUGGAGAAUGUGUCCACCACAGCUUUAAGUUUGGGUACAGGUACCCAGAAAUUCAGCUUUGCUGUGAGACGAAGCCCGUUAAUGGUUACAACCCGCUAAGGUUUAUUUUUGCAAAAUGUAGUAUCUCAUAGAAUAAUUUUCCCUGGCGAUCUUUCCUCUCAAAAUGUUUACUUUAUCGCAUGCACUGGUUUGGAAACCUCAUUAUUCACUACGCCACCAGGGGGCGCUGGGUGUCUGCGGCUUAAGCUCACCCUGGGCUUUGGAAGCAAUAGAUCUCUCUCUCUCUCUCUCUCUCUCUCUCUCUCACACACACACACACACACACUCUGCCUGUCUCUCUGGGCAAUUAUGCAGGGUGCACAGCAAACAUGAAUUCUGCAUGUGUACCAGGGCAUGCACAUCAAUGUUUCCUGUGGAUGACACUCAUGUGUAUGCAUAGAAUCUUUUAAUUGCUUGUGUAUUUAUUUAUUAAUUUGGAACAUCUGUGCUCUCGACAUGUAAA